UCCUGCCUCCUCCUCCUCCUCCUCAGCUCAGUGCGCUCAGCAUCUCUCCAGCAGCAGACUCAAGGACUUCAGCGACCACGUAGAUGCGCAACAGAAGGCUCCCAAUCGUCCAGCGAGCAGGACAGUUUCCACUUUGCAACAUCCCGCAUGGCUUUGCCUUUGCGCAAAAACGUGACACUGAAAGCGGCUUGGAAGGUACUUACGGGACUCUAAGAUAUAAUUAAAAGGAAAAAAAAACAACUCUUAACAGAGUGGUUGAGGAGGAAAUAAUAGUGCAACAAGGAUUCCCAAAUGCGCAGAAGGAAUAUCCUGCUGUAGGUGUUAAAGCUCUGAGGCAGAAGCUGAAUAUGGAUCAGUGGGGAGUUUAUCUGUCUUUACUCCUAACUUUUGCCCUGUCAGAUGUUAUACUGGCUGGCACAGACUGCUUGGUGGCUGGAGACUCGUGCUCCAGUGAUGAGACAUGUAGUCCGCGCCUACGCACUCUGCGGCAGUGUGUGGCCGGCGACGGCAGCAUGAAGCUUGGCCCCAGUGCCAAAAGCCAAUGUGCCAACGCAGUGUCUGCCCUCCUGUCCAGUCCCUUACGUGGCUGCCAGUGCAAACGAGGAAUGAAGAAGGAAAAAAACUGUCUCAGCAUCUACUGGAGUCUUCAUCAGUCCAUCAUUCAUGGACUGAACCUCGUGGAGAGUUAUCCCUAUGAGACGGUGUACAGGGAUUAUGAUUAUGUCCGCUUGGCUUCGAUUACAGCAGACUCGGAAGUUGGCAUGAAAACUGUGAAUCGCUGCCUGGAUGCAGCCAAGGCUUGCAACGUGGACGAAUUGUGCCAGAAGCUGCGCACUGAAUACGUCUCCACUUGCAUCAAACCUACUUCCAAAUCAGGCUUGUGCAACCGGCCUAAAUGCAACAAGGCCCUGCGCAAGUUCUUUGACCGAGUACCUGUCGACUACACACACGAACUGCUUUUCUGCCCUUGUACAGACACUGCAUGUGCAGAGCGUCGAAGGCAGACCAUUGUACCAAGCUGUUCCUAUGAAAAUGGGGAAAAACCCAAUUGCAUUAUACAGAUGAAGAAUUGUCAUGCAGACUAUGUAUGCAGGUCUCGUCUGGCACAGUUUAAGUUUGAUUGCGAACCAUCAGAAACAUCUGCCAAUGGCUGCAAGCAGGAGAACUAUGGAGCGUGUCUCAGCGCCUACACAGGGCUUAUAGGAAGUACAAUUACUCCCAACUAUGUCGACAACUCUACAUCCAACGUGGCUCCAUGGUGCUCCUGCUCAUCGUCUGGGGAGGCGAGGGAUGAAUGUGAUCACUUCCUGGGACUUUUCACAGACAACAGCUGUCUCCAAAAUUCUCUGAAGAUGUUUGGGAAAGAAUUGGAGCAGCAAACACUGCUCAGUACAACAAGCAACAACAGAGAAGACGAUCAAAGCAGCACUUCUCAGCCACAUUCCAUUGAAACUAUAAGGAACAUUCUGGAAAAAGUAAUACCUACACAGGCUCUGGGAAACAAACUCCUGGUUGGCCAUGGCACUCUUCCCUCCAACAGUCUCCCAAACUUGGCCCCAACUCCCAGCCAAAUGCUUCAGGGUGCCUUCAGCAUUCUGUUGUUGUUCCUCCAUUGCAUCUGCAGAUAUUAAAUAUUACCGGGAAACUUGCUAAGGACCCUUUAAACAGAUGGAAGAACCAGAAGAAAAUUGACCUUUGCUAUUAUUCCUUUGCCUAAACAUGAACAGUUUUCCUUUUCAUUACUGUAUCAAAACAGACUAAAUCCAAACAAGUGGGGAGCCUUCUGCAGUCUGGAGACAGUAUGUACAUUUGUACAACAUGUGGUAAAACAAGCUGAAAUGCAAACACGGUUUUGGGACUAACCCAGCUUUAUUAUAAUACUACAUAUAACACAGAUAUGUGUGACACUGUACCAUUUGAUGAAUCAUAUACCUGUAAAGAUGUAUUCGUUUUUGAAAUAACAAAAGGGAUAUACUAUAUCUGAAGGACAUCAGUGAACUCUGUGUCUGCACUAUUCUGUGCUUCAACUGCCCUGGAAAUGCUGGAGAAGAUGGAGUUUACCACUCUCUAUUUGCAGAAUAUGGAACUUUAUUUCUUAAAGAUACUGCAAAAGAGGUAAACCAGAUUUUGUGUACACACACUGAACUAAAGUACACAUGUUAUAUCGAGAAUGAUUUAGAAAACAAGACUAAUUCUGAUUCCCAUCUCUGUCAACACAGCAGACUUUUGUUACAGGUCUUUACAUCAAGCCUGUUCUGUUUUGGUGAUAACACAUCUGUUCAUAGAACACAUAGGUCUUUGGUCUUUAUCUGUAAAAAUAUGUUGUGGGACUAAAAGGAAACAACCAGAACACAAUAAUUGUACCUGUAGCUGCUAUGCCUUGUGUUUGUGACUGUAACGCCCUUUUAUUUUAGUGAUCGUUCUCUGCUUUUUCUGCCAAAGAAUAAAGUGAACAAAUUUGACAUGUUCAGUUGUUAUCAACACCAAGAUAAAGUAUCUUAGAGUUUUGGUAGUAAAUAUUGAUUCUGUGUUUCUUUUUUUGUUUUUUGUGUCCGGUUGAAAUUAUAUGAAAUAGAAGAAAAGAUAAAUGCUUAAUUUCUUUGUUGGAAAAUAGCAGAAGCAAGGUGAAGCCGACAGCAGAAACAUGUCGGGCAUGUUAUGAAUUGGCAACAAACAGAAAAGCUUAAUGCCUGUCCAGAAAGAGAGCAGAAUUAAGCUAAUGUUGAAAAUAUAGGCGGAAAUGUAUUAAAUUAACAGAAUCAGAAAAGAAAUUAGCAAGACAAACAUGAAUCUCAUCUGGUUGAAGAAAUAAAAGUUUAGGAUAAGGUUAUUGACUAAAUGUUGAAUAAUGUAUUGAAUGAGCAGCUUAGUGCUACAUAAGAAGCUUGAUUAGAGUGUAGAAAAGUUGAAGUAAUGUAAAAUAUGAACAGAGAAUUACUUAAGAAAUAAGCUAAACGUGGAAACAAAAACUUUGGUAAAGUAUUAGGAAUGAGCAAUAGUAAAAGCCUUCCUGAAAAUAGAGGAAUCAGAAAGAAGCAAAUGGCAGAAGCAUGGCUGAUUAUAGAUUAAAAAACAACAAACUCUUAAGUUUAGAAAUGCAAUACAUGCCACUGCACUCUAUGAGCUAAUACUUUAAUAGAUACAAUCCAACUGCAUGGCAACAUUUCUUUAAUAUGAGUGCUAGAGGCUGAGGCUUUUUCACAGAAUCAACACUUUCAUGUGCCCAAACAUUUCUGCCAAGAAGGCUAAACCGUAAAUGAUU